AUGAUAAGUAUUUUUUUUGUUUAUAUAUUUUUAUAUUUUUUUGUGUAUAACAUUAAUGCAAAAUAUCCCUAUCCCCAAAAUGACAUACUAAAAGUUACCUCUGAUAAUAUUCAAAGUGUGUUUGAAUUAAACCAAUAUUGGCUUAUUAAAUUCUAUGCACCUCAAUGUGUACAUUGCAAACGCAUUUGGAAUAAAAUCAUAAACUUAAGAUAUGAUAUUCAAAAUGAUAAUAAAAGAAAAGUAUAUUUUGGAGAAGUAAAUUGUGAAGACACUAAUGGGCGAGCUAUAUGUGAUAAAUACAAAGUUUCAGGUGUCCCUCAAUUAAAACUAUUUAAAGGAAGCGAAAUUAUCUCAACCUUUUCCAAUGAUAUAAAUAACGAGCCGAUUUUAAAAAAAUGGCUAUAUUACACAACAACCCCAAUAUUUCAUGGAAUAUAUUCUGAAGAAGAACUAAACAACUACAAAACAAAAGACAGUUUAUUUCUGACAUGUUCAGAAAAUUUAAAUGACAAUUUAAUCAAGGUCGCUAAACUAUAUUUCGAAGAAAACUAUUUUCUCAACAUUAAGAAUCAAGAAUUAUGCACCAAGCUAGCUAUCAAAGAUAACAGUUUGCAUGUUCAAGGUGCGCAUGAUAAUUUUGUUUCGAACAUAAAUCAAAUGAAUUUUGAAGAGUUAAAACAUUUUGCUAAUAAAAAUAGGUUUCCUUUAGUAAGCAAAAUAGAUCAUCAUAGUUUUUUUACCAUAAGGAGUAGUGGAAAUAAUUUGAUAUUACUUUUAAUUGACUUUCAAAAUGAGCCUGAUAAAUAUAUUGAUCAAUUUACACAACAUGCUAAAAGGUAUAUAAAUUUGAAGGAAUAUAUAUUUGCAUAUAUAGAUGGAAAAUAUUAUGAAGAAAAUUUAGAAUUGUAUGGUGUAGACUCAAAAAAAUAUCCUCAGAUAAUUGUAUUUAGCAAGAGCCCUCGUAAAUAUUACUUUGAGGAUUAUUUCGACAUUGAUCAUGUACAAAACAUAAUAGAAGACAUAGAGAACGAACUAAUUAAACCUAAAAUGGAGGAGUUCACUAAAAUGGACAUACUUUUGAUAAAAAUAAAGAAACAAAUAAAAUAUAUUAUAGACAAAUCAUUUCGAACAGAUAUUAAAUCAUUCAUAGGAUUUAUAUGUGCAAUUAUUAUGAUUGUAUUUACGCUAGUUCUUGUGUUUCAUACAGCCUAUUCUUUUGUAACUAAACCAGAGUCAGAAUAUAAAAUGGACGAAAAAAAAAAAAAAUAA